CGAAACCGGCGGUCGAGAUGAGAUGGACACCGUCGGUCGUCGACACAGGAAUUUCCACCGGGCGAAAGGGGAUGGAUGCCUGUGAUCCAUCUUAUGAGCCCUGAACAGAUACCCACCUCAACCCACCCUAAGACGCCCAAGAGAACGGAAAUGGGUUUGAAGGAACAGUUUUUGGGGUCGGCUUUCAUCGACCAAUAGGCCCAAAAGGCCCAUUGUGCCGAGUCCAUGUAGCCAUUGCCAAGCUCAAGGUAGCGUGUUUAGAUCGAAACCACAUCGCCUUCUUCAGAGCUGCCGUAUGUUUAGUAUCGAACUCGCUCAAAACCCAUCCAAAGCCAGGCUACGGAGGCGGUGAGAAGCAUCCACCACCUCCGUCUCCCGUCGGGUGCUCCCCACAAAUAUACCGGACUGCUGGGCAGACACCGUCUAGCGCGGCACACAUCGCGUGGCUGGUCCAUGGCGUCCUCGCGCCAGAUGCCAGUGGCGUGGCCUUUCAGAUGGCUGUUUCUGUUGGCCUUUCGCGGGGCUUGGGGCAGUGAUUACAACAUCGUCAACCUGGACAACGCCAGCUUCCCGCUGGUCGUGGGGCAGUCGUUUCCUGUUUUGGUGCGCUUUGACCGGGAGUACCCAUAUGGCGAGAAGGCUGAAGCAUUUAAGGCCAUGGCAAAAGUCUUGGCUAAAGCCGAAAGCCAAGUCUUGGUCGCCAGCAUUGGUGUUUCCACCUUUGGUGAGAAACAAAACCAGGACAUGGCUAGGAAGUUCAACUUCAUUCCGAAGGAGAAAGAGGAGCUGCAGUCAGAGGAUAUGGAGAAGAUCUUCCCAAAGUUCAUGUACUUCAAGCCCGGGGAUUCCGAUGGGCAGCUUUACAAUGGUGCUGCCACCAAGGCAGGGUUUCUCAAGUUUUUGGAUGUGGUGGAGAAGACUUGCGACGUGCUCACCGGAGCCUUUUGCAGCACUGAGGAGAAGCAGCAUGCGGAGUAUUUUCAGGGCAAGAGCCUUCAGGAACUCCAAGCUGACUUGGCCACCUUCGCCAAGAAGUCGAAAGAGACCCUGAAGAAGGGAGAGCGACAGCUGGUGGAUGGACGACUGAAAAUCCUCAAGAAGCUGAUCAAAGCCAUGAAGAAAGGGGGCAAGGAGACUCAAAAGCAGCUCUGAGGUGGUGCUAAGAUUUCCAGAGUACAGACCAGAAGUCGAAGUAUUUCCAUGCAGUAGGAUCACCUACUGUAUUGGCUUUUUGAUCCUCCUGUGAGGUUCCUAUAGGUCUCAAGACCCCCCCAGAUCAACAGGCGUAACGCCUCCCAAAAGACCAGCCGAAGCCACACAGUGCUUCGAGCAGCAGCUUUUGGGUUUACAAAGACCUCCAUUGCGAAGUGCCAAGCGCAA